UUUUGCGUUUACAAUUAAAGUUCAGUUCUUCUCAAGUCGUGUUGCACUCAUUAUAAACCCGAAUUUUAAAUUCGAAAUUGCGAUUUAAUUAUUCGUCUGUAAAUAAAAAUUAUAAAUCAAUGGAAGCUACCAAUCUCGCAGUUCCCGAUUUCGGAAACAGUUGCCGUCGUUCUUCUGUAACAGAAAAAUUAAGGGAAAUGGAAGAAAUUACUGGCAUCGUUUCCGGAAAAAAUGUUUUGAUUACAGGAGGAGCUGCAGGACUCGGGCAUGCAUUUGUCAAUCACUUUUUACAACAUGGAGCAAACAAAAUAGCAAUUUUGGAUAUUGACCUCGUAACUGGAAAUAAAAUAUCAGCUGCAGUCGAAAAAAAUCAUGGUGAAGGAAAACUUAUUUUUAUUCAUGUUGAUGUCUCGAAACAUGAACAAACUGUUGAUGCUUUUAAUGCUGCAAUAUUGGCUAUGGAAAACAUUGACAUUGUGGUGAACAAUGCAGGAAUUUUGGAUGAAAGAAGAUGGGAAAGAGAAAUUGCUGUAAAUAUUGGCGGCAUGAUGUCAAUUGCGAUGUUGUCAGUAGGACAUAUGUCAAAGGAAAAAGGUGGACGUGGUGGAGUUUUAGUAAAUAUUGCUCAGCAUCUUGACUUUAGAUGGACAGCACAACUUCCGGUUUAUACGGCCACGAAACACGCGAUUAUUGGAUUAUCCCAAUCCUUAGCAAUGCAGUACAGUUUUAACAAAACUGGUAUUCGAGUUUUAACUUUAACUCCAGGUUUAACAGAAACUGCUUUGACAAUUGAUAGUCCAAACAAAUUACUUUCAAGAGUGAUGAAAGCAGAUUUUGUUAAAAGUCUUGAACAACUACCAAUACAAACACCUUUUGUAGUAGCACAAGGACUCGGCUCAAUCCUACGAACUGGAGAAUCCGGCAGUAUUUGGGUGAUCGAAAACGGAAGUUCACCCUAUGAAGUUUUAGUUCCGUAUUACAAAAGUUUGCAGCGCCGAUACAAAAACAACUUUACAAUGGCUGAAACCGUAAAAGUUGCAAAAGGUCGACCAAUAAGAGAAGUUUGCGAUAAUACGAGAACAGGUCUGAUGAGCUGUGCUUGACAGAACUAGUCAUUUUUUGCACACAAAAAAUAUGUAUCUGCAAGUUCUUAAAAAAAUCCUAAGAUUUUAUCUGAUCGAGGUAGAAGACCCUUGACGCAGAAUUUAAUCAGCACACCGGGAUAUCACAAAUGGAAUAUCAGCGUUCCUCCGAAAUGGAAUGAAAUCAGAGUAGGAGAAAAAAUUCUCUUUGUUAUUUGAGCUCUUCAAAGAGCGAAAGAAUUAACGGUGAGAUCAAAAAGCCUUUGGAUUCCGGCUUCGAUCAACUGAGAAAAAUUCAAUAACACACUGACUGACGAAUGACAAAAAAGAAAUUGUUUAAUUUUAAUAUUUUUGAGAGACUGCUUGAUAUUGAUCGAAAAUAGUGUUAAACUGAUGGUAAUCGAAGUAGAUCUCAAUCAUUGUUAUAAACGAUACUUAGAAUUAAGGACAAUAAAUAUUUUUCAUAAAAAAUA